UCCUCUCUGUGUUGUGUGUGUUGAGCACCACCACUGAGCUCCCAUGGUCGGAUGGUGUUAAGAUGUUGUCCCAGGAGGAGCUCCUGCUGCACCUUCUUGCUCUGGCUCAGAACUCCACUCACAGUGUGGAGCUCCACUGUGCUGCUCUGACACUGGUCUCUCGACUUGUGGUACAACUGGUGAGCUCUAACCCUCAGGGUGCAAGUGCAGUGGCUUGUUUAGGUCAAUGGGGGGCGCUGGUGUGCGCAUGCUGCAGCGAGGAGCAGCCAGUGGAGGUGAAGCUAAUGGCCGCCAAGGUGUUGGUCAACUGUACGGCCACUGUGCUGACCAGCUCCCAUCUGCCCCUUGGUCUGACCACAACAGUUUCUCUGUGGAGGAGUCUGUUCACGCUGCUGCAGGAUGAAGACGAGGAUGUCCGAGAUUCUGCCUGUGACUUCAUCUGUAAUGUACCAGCAUCUCUGCUCAGCACAGAUGUGACGGGUGCGUCUGUGUGUCCUCCGGUGGCCCUGGACGUCGGUGUGGGGCUCCUGUGCCGGCUGUUUGAGCUGUGGGGACAGGCCCCAGCCGGGGCCCUCGCUCUGACAGAGUGGCUGCUGGGUGAUGAAGGGGUUAACUAUGAAGCGGUGGCAGAAGAAGCUUCCAGCCUGGAUGAUGAGGACUUCCUGUUUGAGAAGGGGGGUCUGAACCUGUGGGCGGAGCCUGUCCAGUGGGUGAAUCUGCUCCACCGACACGUUCACUCCCUCCUCCUGGGCUUCAGGCAGAGCCAGGCCCCAGGGGUCCCGGGUCAGGACCAGGUCCACCAGAUCCAAACACUGUCAACUCAGGCCCAGGCCCAGGCACUGAGCUCCCAGAAUGCCUUGGACUCCCUCCCAGCUCUGCCGCAGUUCUGCCUCACCAUGGAGCACGCCCGGCUGCUGCUGCGGCUCCAGAGGGCCACGCUGGCUCUGGAGGUGCUGGACAGGCUCAGGUAGACCAGUCAGCCCACUUUUUAGUUUUAAGGGAACAUUUUGAUAAUUAGGCUAGAAAUAAAGGAAGAGUUGUCAGAUAAAUACUUCAACAAAUCUGGACACAGACUGGCUACGUGAUCUUUUUUCAUUAUCAUUUCAAGGGAAUGAAGGAACACUUUUUUUUUUAUUCUGUCAUUGUCUCUGUCUUAAAAUUGUUGUUCUCCUAAUUUACCAAAUGUCUUUCAAUUCUUCUGUUCACUGAUGUCUUUUUUAAUAAACAAACCAA